UUGGAACGGUCAUUUCCGUUCGUUUUACUUCUCCUGGCUACCCAGAUACAUGGACAAACAAUGGACGACACAGCCACGUUACAUAAAACAUUACUGGCAGACUACAACAAACAUAUACGACCAUCCGUUGACCAGUCUAAACCGGUUAUUGUCAACGUCACAUUUGAGCUAGUGUCUGUACGGGAAGUUGAUGCAAUAAUGGGGAAAAUAUCAGUAGUUGGAGCUCUGUGGCUUGUUUGGGAAGAUCCUAGAAUGAAAUGGAAUCCUUUCGCAUACAAUCAAACAUUUUCUACAACGGUUCCAAUUGCGGAGGUCUGGAAACCAGAUUUAGUUAUUGUCCAUCCUGUAGAACCAACUAAAGCUGUUGGUUUCGACCACUUCUGGUACCCAGUACGCUACUAUUAUAAUGGUAUUGCAGUAUGGACGCCAGGUGACGUCAUGACUACAACGUGUACUAUUGACGUCACCUAUUACCCAUUCGAUAUUCAAACAUGUGAAAUUUCAUUUAUGCCAUGGGGAUCAUUUAAAGAAGAAAUAUAUUUGCACGCAUCCCAACAAGAAGUUGCAAGACGAUUUUUCACUGAAAAUGGUGAGUGGGCUCUCGUUAAAGCUACGACAAGCCCCGGGGUCAUUGACGGUAUGUUUCCAACUUAUGUUGUUGUCCUCGAUCUUAAGCGACGACCAACUUUUAUAAUCGUCAACGUCAUUCUACCGAUUCUAUUCAUGGGAUUGCUAAAUGUACUUGUAUUCUUUCUACCCGCAAGUUCCGGUGAGCGCGUGUCUUUUGCUAUGACAGUGUUACUAGCAAUAGCUGUAUUUCUUACACUUGUUGGUGACAAUAUGCCGAAGACGUCACAGCCCAUGUCGACAAUAUGUUACUUCCUGCUGACUAACCUCGUACUUAGCUCUCUCAUCAUGAUUGUGACAGUCCUCAAUCUCAAUCUCUACCACAGGGGUGAUAAAACUACAGUACCAGAAUGUAUUUCAACAUUUGUACGCUUUGUAAAAUGUAAGAGCCUACCCAAACGUACCAAGGUUGAAAGCUUCACUAACGCUGAUGAUGAUGAUAUUGAUGGUGACAAAAAGACAAACAUGGAGAAAGUCGAUUCUAUAAAGUGGGCGGCACCUGCUGACAACAUUCCAGUAACAUGGCGUGAAGUUAGCGAAGUCGUGGAUGUUCUGUUUGGUGGAGCAGCCAUCUUGUGGCUAAUUAUCACGGCGGUCUCAUUCUUUUCUAUGGUCGCUACUCACAGCGUUCCUGGGGCUGGAAAAUAAUUUUGAUGAUGUCUUUUCCUCGGAUGUGGAAAACUAAAUUUUAUUCAGAAAUUAUGAGAUAAAAAAGAUUCAAAGUAAAGUGCAUUUAUAGUCGAACAAUGAUAUGUA